UGUAAACAAAUUUAAAAAACGCCAUUUUGUCGGGUGAUACAUAUAGUUUAUCAAGAAAUUAGGAAGGGAUCUUUAUUGUUAUAAAGAUAAAAGAAAUACGCAUGUAUCAUCGCUGAUCAAUGACGGCUCCAACUGAGAAGAACGUUGAAAAAUGUUCCUCCGUUGAUGUCCCAUUAAAGCAUGAAUUGUCAUCAGAAAUCAAAGAUGGUACCACAACAAGAACUGACAUUGAUAAAUCUGAAAUCAGCUCAUCGACUAGAGAUGACGAAAAACAACUGGACGAAGAACGGAUGCCAGGAAUUCAUAGAAGUACAUCUUUUGAUCCAUCUUUUUUGCAACGACCUCCUUCUUUUUUAUCUAUCAAAAAUCGUGAACAAUUCAUACGUCGACAAAAUACAGUUGACGGAUCAGGUAUGACCAUAACGUCAGUAGAUACUAUCAAGGAAUUAGACAGCGAAAAACUAGUUAAUGAAAAUUCGAGCGAUUCCAUUGUUCCUGAACAAAAUCAUAAGACCGAAGUCAAGCAAACAGAAGAUGGUGAAAGUGGUGCAUCCACUACAAAUCUGGAGCUAAGUGUUCAAGAAGUUUCUGAAAUCAGUGGAUGUAUUGAAUGUGUUAAAGCAAUACCUGUUUUUUCCUCCGAUGAAAUUGACGAAGGAGAUCAUAUUGCUUUUGCAGGGGCAAUAUAUGAUCACCAUGCGAUAGUUGUUGCAAAGCUGGCAAACGAGAAGUUUGAAAUAAUAGAGGCUACAAAUACAAUUUCAGGUGUGGCUAUUGGCAUGUUCCUAGGCAGAAAAGCUCUUAUUGGGUCAUCAGUGAAAUCCUUUAAUUUUGCAAAACAAAAUCUUCGUGUCAUUGCCUACAGAAUAAGGCAACAUUCAAAAAAAGAUACUGCUGAACGAGCUAGGAAUUUUUGUGAUGGGGAAAGAAAGAGUGAAGCAUAUAAAUAUGACCUUUUCGACAACAAUUGUGAACAUUUUGCAACAUAUUGCGUUACAGGAAGAAAAUUUAGUAUUCAGGUAACAAAAUUGAGAUUAACAGGUCGUCUGUUUCUGAAAAGUGGUUUUUUAGGAAUAAGCAAUGAAAUGAAAAGAAAUGAAAAGGAGUACGACAAUGGGAUAAUUUGUGAGAAAUGUUUCGAUAUUAACAAAAGAUUAUUAGACGUGAAAUUAAGACCUAUAAGGAAAGCGGAAGAUGUUCAGAAAGGGGACAUAAUUAGGUACAGUUAUUGGAACUUGUGGCACGAAGCGGUUGUCUUAAGCAUAACAACUAUCAAUAAGUCUAACCUUACAUGCUGCAUUGCUCAUUAUGCGUUCUGUGGAUUUUUGUCACAUAGAACAAUCAUUGAAGAACAACUAAAAAUAAAGUUUAAUGGCAAAUGUGCUAUGUUGGAAUAUGGACCUCCGAAAUACCACAUAUAUGACCCAGACACUGUCGUAGAGAGAGCGAAGAGAAGAGUAGGUGAACAGCAGUUUGUAUUCUUUUCGAAUGACUCAAGUCAUUUUGCUCGCUGGUGUAAACUGAAACUAGAAAAAGAAUGAUCAGAUAAUAAACUAAAACAGAAAGUCAUAAUGAAUAGAAAGUAAAAUAGAUAAUAAAUUUUCACUAUCCAAUAUUAAAAAUCAAACUGUAAUACCCAAACACAAGAUGGUGCCUCAAUAACUUCGCAAUGACAUUGAUAAAUUUCAUAGAUUGAAUUACAUAACCGAAUACCCCUCCUAUUUUCAAGUUCAUGAUGAUUCACACAAAUGAGCAUAAAAAAUUUCUAUUUGCAAAAACGUUCAACCAUGUUGUUUUCAGUUACGAUUAAAAUUAUAUGAAGCGGUUUUAAAGAAGUCCGGCUUAUGAAAACAAUAAGAAGAUGUAGUAUGUUUGCCAAUGAGACACCAAUCUUCAAGAAUUCAAAUGACGAAGAUAAAUGCAAAUGCAAGUCACAUUUUAUCCUUCAGUAAUAAGAAGACCACAUACCGUAUAGUCAGCUAUAAAAGGACCCGGACAAAGCCAUAAGUGACUGUCUCUUUGAAAGGUUUGAACGCUUAAAUACACAUUUCAAUACCUAUUAUCAACUUUCAAGAUGAAGUUAAAAACAGCGCAUUUGUUUAAACUUCUUCUUAUAUGGCAUGACUUUUAUGUCUCGUACAAUAAAUUCAAUGUCCUUUGGUUUCAACACGAAAUAAAUACUUAAUUAACCUAAUGUGUGAACCAAAGAAAAGUACUUUUCAUGUAGUUGAUAAUUUUUGGACAGUUGAUGUCGGAACGCCACACAUUACUGAAUAAUAAUGAAAGAUGUAUUUAUUUGAAUUUCAAUAAGGGGAUCGGACGAAAACGGAUCGAGCAUUUUAGAUAAUUCAACAACUUCAGGCGUAAUAUAACAUCAAUAUAUUAUCCUUACAACAUGUUGUUUAUCUCUUUCAUUAUUUAUCGAUUCAUCUAGAUAAUUAUAGGUUUCAUAACGAGUGAGAAUUGGAUAUCGCUUUAUAUCAACUCGAGUUAUUUAAUUUCAAUAUGAUAAUAAACGAGCCUUCGGCGAGUUUAUUAUUACUAUUUAAAUUAAAUAACGAUAGUUGAUAUCAAGCAAUAUCCAACUCUCACAAGUUGUUAAACCUAUUUCUCUUAUGGUCAACACUUUCAUUGUGUUGAAUUAUAAAUCCCGCUAAUCGCUGAACUAGUCUUUUGCACAUACCAGUAUGACGUCAUGUGUCCUGUUCCGAUGUCAAACUUUAACAUCAGACAUUUUAAAACGUUUUGUACGCUUCAGAAUGUAAUAAAAUUUGACAAAAUAAAGAUUUUCAGGUGAAAAGUGGGAGUGUUUUGUAUAUUUUUCAAGAAAUCACAUACAUGUCAGUUUCCACGAACGAAAUAUACAUCGUCUUAACCUUUGAAAGUUAUCAAUGACCUAACAAAUAGCCAAUGGAAAUGUCGUAAUAUCAUCUCAUGAUGCUGAACUAGCCAAUCAAAUAAACGCAUAUUUUCAUAUCACUUUUUCGUAUCACGCUCACGUGCAGUGUGAUACGAGAAAUAUAUCUUCAUGCAAGAAAUAGAUAACAGGCCACAACCAUAAGAGAAAUUGAGAUUUAUCCCACUUACUCAACACAGUGUGUUGUUAUCUUUUUUGUUACUUUGAAUUGAAUUAUAUGUAAUGUCAUGAUAUCUACCGACUUUUAUUCAAUACAAUAUUGUAUAGAUCUA